AUGCAACUCAUCAUUGAGCAACACAGUCUCAGCCGCCACCCUGAGAAAGAGGAAGAAAACUGCAGGACCCCUCUUCACUUUUGCAAUAAUUCACAUCCACAGUUCAAAGCAAAAUCAAGCUUAUCAACAAUGGCUUCUUUCUCUACCGUUCCUUCAAGCUCCACACCAUCCAUCAACAAGGUACAGAAGGAUGUGGGUUUCUCUGCUUUUUCUUCACAAACAUCAUUUUUCAUUCAAAUUUCCGAGAAAAGAGUUUCCAGGAAAAUCGUAUCACUCAUGGCACCACAGCAAUCUGAACGGAGGCCCCCUUCCACUGGCUCAGUCAAGACUGCGAUGACGAUGACAGAGAAGAUCUUUGCCAGGGCUUGUGAGAAGCCCCAGGUGAGUCCUGGUGAGAACGUUUGGGUCAAUGUUGAUGUUUUGAUGACGCAUGACGUUAGUGGACCUGGUGCAAUCGGUAUCUUCAAGAGAGAAUUCGGCAAAAAUGCAAAGAUUUGGGAUCGCGAAAAGGUUGUCAUUAUACCUGACCACUACAUCUUCACCGCUGAUGAACGAGCAAAUCGUAAUGUGGAUACCUUAAGGGAUUUCUGCACUGAGCAAAGUAUUAAGUAUUUCUAUGACAUAAAGGAUCUGGGCAAUUUCAGGGUUAAUCCAGACUAUAAAGGUGUAUGCCAUAUUGCUCUUGCCCAAGAAGGUCAUUGCAGACCUGGAGAGGUGCUGCUAGGUACAGACUCUCACACAUGUACUGCAGGAGCAUUUGGCCAGUUUGCUACUGGAAUCGGAAAUACUGAUGCUGGUUUUGUCUUGGGGACUGGAAAGCUUUUGCUUAAGGUGCCUCCAACUCUGAGAUUUGUGAUAGAUGGUGAAAUGCCGGAUUAUUUGCUUGCAAAGGAUUUGAUUUUGCAAAUUAUUGGUGAAAUAUCUGUGUCCGGUGCAACAUAUAAAUCGAUGGAGUUUGUUGGUACUACUGUUGAAAGUUUAACUAUGGAAGAAAGAAUGACACUAUGCAAUAUGGUUAUCGAAGCUGGAGGGAAGAACGGAAUUGUCCCAGCUGAUAGUACUACAGAUAAGUACCUUGAGGGCAAAACAUAUGUGCCUUAUGCACCAGUUUAUAGUGACACACAAGCAAGAUUUCUUUCGGAGUAUAGAUUUGAUAUCUCAAAGUUGGAGCCAUUGGUAGCAAAGCCUCAUUCUCCUGAUAAUUGUGCUUUAGCACGAGAAUGCAAAGAUGUGAAAAUUGACAGAGUAUAUAUUGGAUCUUGUACUGGUGGAAAAACAGAGGAUUUCUUUGCUGCAGCCAAAGUUUUUCUUGCUUCAGGUAAAAAAGUCAAAGUUCCCACAUUCCUUGUGCCUGCUACACAAAAGGUGUGGAUGGACGUAUAUAGCCUCCCAGUGCCAGGUUCUGGUGGCAAGACUUGCUCGCAGAUAUUUGAAGAAGCUGGUUGUGAUACACCUGCAAGUCCUACCUGUGGUGCUUGUAUGGGUGGCCCUAAAGACACUUAUGCACGGUUGAAUGAACCUCAGGCAAGUUUUAUACUUUUUUUUUCCAAUCCAAAUACGAAUUAA